AUGUUGCAAGGUCUCUUUGAUGAAGAUGGUGGAGAUGAAGAACCUUAUUAUCAAGGAACAUCUAAUACAAGUUCAAAAUCAACGGUUGAAAAACCUUUAUUACCACGAAAUGAAACAAAUUUAUGUGGUUUACAAAAUCAAGGAGCUACUUGUUAUUUGAAUGCUCUCAUUCAAACAUUACUUUUUACACCAGAAUUUCGUGAACCUCUUUUCAGUCUAUCUGCUAAAGAUCUUAAUCUUUCAUCAAAUUCUAAUGACUCAAGUCAAACUCCGUCCAGUGGAAGUACUUUGAAAGUUCGUAAGAUUAUUGUUGAAUUACAACGUCUUUUUGCUGAAAUGCUUUUACUUAAUCAACAAGCAUGUUCAUCGAUUCGAUUAACUGAUAGUUUUGGUUGGCAAUCGAAUGAGACAUUUGAUCAUCAAGAUGUUCAUGAACUUAAUCGUUUAUUAUUUGAUGCUAUACAGAAAUCAUUGCAAGGUACAAAACAAUCAAAUCUAAUACGUUCUUGUUAUGAAGGUUCAACAAUUAAUUAUACACAAUGUAAACAAUGCCAGAAAAUUUUCAAACGAACAGAAGAUUAUCAAGAUUUACCAUUAGUUGUACAAGAUAGUCCAAAUUUACAUACGUCAUUAGCAAAUAUGUUUACUCUUCAUGAACAAUUAGUUGGUGAUAAUCAAUAUCGAUGUUCAUCAUGUGCAAAUAUGUUAUGUGAUGCUGAAAAAUGGGCUAAAAUAAGUAAAUUACCACCGAUUUUAACAUUUCCAUUACAACGAUUUGUUUAUGAUUUUAAAACUGGUAAUCGAUUGAAAAAGACAACACGUUACGAGUUUCCAUUUGAUAUCGAUUUAAAAGAAUUUUGUGAAGAUUCUGUGAUUGAAACAAAUUAUGAAUUAUUUGCUGUUGUUAUUCAUAAGGGUACAUGUUAUUCAGGACAUUAUUAUGGUUAUAUUAAAGAUAUCGACCAGAUUGGCUGUUGGAUACGUCCACCACCACCAUCAUCGUCAGCAACAAAAUCAUCAAACAAACAAAAAACAUCGAAUAUACGAAAUGGUAAUACUCCAAAUAAUAAUUCUCGUACUAAUCGAAAUUCAAAUCAAACUGAUCCAGUUGAAACUGAUGAAGAAAUAAUGAAAAAAAUUGAUCUAGUUCAAACAAUAUUAUUAUCAUGUGAUGAUUGGGUUACUAUUGAUGAUCUUUUCAAAACUUAUCGUGACAAUACAACAGUUCCGCGUGGACGAACUCGUGGUUCUAAUGGUGCAUUUACAAAAUUUCUUCGUAAUCAUCCAGAAGUAUUUCAUAUUGAUGAAAAACGUGUUCGAUUAGUUGAACAAAUGGAUAUUGAUCAAAAUGAAAUAACUGAUAUGGAUUAUGAAGCAUCACAAAUAGAUAAAUCAUUAGUAAAUGAUUAUGAAAAUGAUGAAUAUUGGUUUUGUUUUGAUGAUUCAAUAGUAACAUCUGUUACACGACAACAUAUUCAAAGACAUUAUGGUUUAAAUGAGUGUGCAUAUAUGUUAUUUUAUAGACUAAAAAAUCGUCGAAAUAGAAAUGGAUCAAUCAUGGAUUGUUUAGAUACAAUAUAUUCAAUACCGCAAUGGUUAAUUGAUGAAAUUGCAGAAAAAAAUAAAAUUUUAGAGGAAAAACGUGAAAUAUAUGAAAAAUAUCAAAAUCAAUUACCAAUAACUAUUUAUCCGAGUGAAUGGUUUGAAGUAAUCGAUGGAUGUCGAUUAAAUUUAAAUAAUAAUAAUCAAGUACUUUUUCCUGAUCAAUAUGGUGAACAUGUAUUUGAUAAACGAACAAAAAUUAAUGAAUUUAUGCCAAAUCUUGAGGAUAUAUACGGUACAGGAAGUCGUUUUUAUGUUGCGAAAAAACUUCGUUCUGGCCAAUUGCAUAUAAUUAGUGAAUUAACAAAUUCAAAUGAUGACAUAACAUUAGAUAAAAAUGAUCUAUCAAAUUGUCGUCAUAUGAUUGUUUUUAAACAUCCAUCAAUGCUACCAGAUACAGUUCUACAAGGUGAAGAAUUUGAACCAAUAAUGUUAAAUAUAGUCUAUGGUUUUCCUGAUGCACAUAUUCAUGCAUCACGUUUACAAACUACACGACAUGUAUCAAAAAAUACUACAUUAUUUGAAUUAAAAAAACAUUUAUUUUAUGAUUUUUAUCAACAUGAUGAUCCACAAAUUUUGAGACAAGUUCGUAUGGGUAAAUUAAAUUUAGAAGAAAAAAAUAAUCGUAAAUCACGUCGGGAAUAUAAAACUGAUGAAGAAAAACAAACAUUAGCACAAUUAUAUUUACAUGAUGGUGAUACAUUAGGUAUUGAUAAUAAAAAUUCUUUUGUACCAAGUUGGAAAGAUGCUUCUUCAAAUAAUACUAAUAUGGGAAAAACUCAUUUAUCAUUAACAGUUAAAAAUAAUAUUGAUUCAACGAAUACAAAACCAAUGACAUAUAGUUGUUUAAAUACAACACCUAUUGGCGAAGUUAAAUUAAUGGCUAUUCAAGCAUUCGGUUUAUCAUUGGAUCCAUCCAUGUGUCGAUUACAUAUCGAUGAUGAUUCUGAUGUAGCACAUAUUCCUCUCUAUGAUCAUCAAACUGUCGAUACAAUUGAUUUUAAACAAAACAAUACAAAUCUUUGUUUAAAAUUAGGUCAAGCACUUAAGGAGAAUAAUCUUCUAAUUUAUUUUUUAUCUGAUCGUGAACCUAAUUCACUUGAACUUGUUGUUGAUCAAAGUAUGACAUUAACUGAUUUAUGGAAUUUAAUUAAACAAGAACUUCAUAUGGAUAAUAAUGAUAAUGAAUAUCAUUUAUGUGAAGUUACAACAUCAUUGAUAAAUGAUGGUCCACCAUUGAAUGAUUUUGAUCAAACAUUAUUAGUUAAUGGACUUACAAAUGGUGCUCAAUUAAUCAUGCAAUCAGGCAGUGUUGCACCGAGAAAUCAUGUUCGAUUGAAAGUGUUUAGAAUUAUCAACAAAUACUACAAACCAAAUGAAGCUAUUCAUACUCGACCUACAUUCGAAAUGAUUGAACUAGAGAAACGAUUUGAAUUACCAAUCAUAUCUUCAUUUAAUGUUCUUCGUGAAUAUAUAGCGAAAUUCAUUGAUUUUGAAGUUCCAUCGAAUUAUAUUAAUAAUGCUCAACCAUUGGAAUUCAUUCGUCUCUAUGACAUUGAAAAUGAUCAACCAACAUCAAUUGUACAUGAACCUAUUUCAACAACUCUAAAACAAGCAAAAGUACGCGAUUUAUGUUCAUAUGCCUUUGAAAUAUUAUCUCAUCCUGAACAUUUAGCAAAAAAAGAUUUACUUCUUAAUAUUGUUUAUGCGAAAGAUACUAUUAAUAAUUAUUUUCAACAUAAAUUUGAACUUCAUUGGCCUAUACGAGACAAUACAGCUGCUAAAUAUGAAUAUCUCGAACAUCAUAUUUUAUCGCAUUUAAAAUCAUUUACAAACGAGAAUUUUUAUGACAAAAAUGAUUCAAAAGAAUUAAUUAAAAUAACAAUAGCACGUUAUUUUCCUGAUCGAGGACAAUGGAUGAUAAUUGAUCCUUCAUUAAUUACAAAUAAAAAAGUAAAAGCAUCAAGUCUUAAUCUUAAACUUGAACCGUAUAAAUUACUUGAUUUUACUGUUGUUGGUAUACUUGACGGUGAACAUUUAACGGAAGAAGAUUUUGAUACUCAAUUUGAUAAAAUCAAAAGACAAGAAAUUGAACACCAAAAAGAACAAAAAAGAAUUAACCGUGAAAGAAAUCGAACUGAAAAUGAUCGCAAUCAACAAAAUGGAAAUAGUGCACGUCGAAAAUCACCACAGAAUACCAUGCGGAUUAAUGUUGAUGAUUUUGAUGGUUAG